AUGGCUGAGUCUCCCACAGCUGAGCAGUUGGAAUCUGUUCUUGACACCACAGUGCAAACGAGUACAAAUUGGAGCCUAGAUCCUCCUACUGAGGCACCUGGAGAAUCUGUCUUUCUCCACUGGAUAAUAAUCCCCUCUCUGGUCAUUGCCCUGGUCGGGCUGGUGGGGAACAGCAUCGUCCUGUGGCUGCUGGGCUUCCGCACCCGGAGGAGCCCCUUCUCGGUCUACAUCCUCAACCUGGCCGCGGCCGACGCCCUCUUCCUUGGCAGCUGCUUUGGCUGUGUGCUCUGCGUGUCCAGCCUGACCCUGGUGCUGAGGGUCCAGUGCAGCUCCCAGUGCAGGCGCCCUCCCAGGCUCUACCUCCUGGUGCUGCUCACAGUCCUCACAGAGCAGUUUCCUGCUCUGCGGUUUUCCAGCCAAGAUCCUCUAAAUGCCUGUCUCAACUUCCCUCGGAUAUUGGAUGCAUUGAGGGGUGAGGCUCACCCAGUUAGACCAGUGAAGUUGAGGGCAAAGGAGCAGAGCUUUCUGAGGCUGGAACCACCUACCAUGGCUGAGUCCCCCGCAGCUGAGCAGCUGGAAUCUGUUCUUAACACCACAGUGGAGAGGAGUACAAAUUCGAGUUUAGAUCCUCCGACUGAGGCACCUGGAGAAUUUGUCUCACUCCACUGGGCAGAGAUCCCCUCUCUGGUCAUUGCCCUGGUCGGGCUGGUGGGGAACAGCAUCGUCCUGUGGCUGCUGGGCUUCCGCACCCAGAGGAGCCCCUUCUCUGUCUACAUCCUCAACCUGGCCGCGGCCGACGCCCUCUUGCUUGGCAGCUACUUUGGGUAUGUCAUGUGGGAAAUUGUUGGAGAUUUAAAAAGUCUCUUCCAGUCACUGCUAGAGGACUGCCUCCUAAACAUGUCCUACUGUGUGGGUCUGAGCCUGCUGGCUUCGAUCAGCACCGAGCGCUGUCUCUCUGUGCUCUUCCCCCUCUGGUACAGGUGUCACCGGCCCAAGCACACGUCUGCGGCUGUGUGCGCCAUCCUAUGGGCUCUGACAGGCCUCUUCUGGGGAGUUCUUGUGGCUCUUUAUUUCCUUAACAAGAAACAUUUCUUCCGUUACUACAUCCUUCUCUACUUCAAUCUCCAGUUCGGCUGGUUCUCCCUCCUAACCUGUGUGCUGGGCUUGUCCAGCCUGACGCUGGUACUGAGGGUCCAGUGCAGCUCCCAGCGCAGGCGCCCACCCAGGCUCUACCUCCUGGUGCUGCUCACAGUCCUCGUGUUCCUGCUCUGCGGUCUGCCUUUGGGGGUUAUUUAUGCGAUUAACUUUUUUAGUGGCUCCUCUUUAAUGCCUUAUGAGCUCUGCAGGCUCCUGGCCUGUGUGAACAGCAGCGCAAACCCUUUCAUUUACUUCUUCCUGGGCAGCCAAUGGCGUAGAAGAGGGAGGGAGCCGCUCAGGGUGGUCCUGCAGAGGGCUCUGGGGGAGGAGAAGGCUCUGAUUUGGGGGAACAUCUGUUCUCUGGACCUGAAAUCAGUAUUCCAGCCCCCUGUGGCAAAGUUCUGCCAGCCCUCAUUGCUGGCCUUUAGCCUCAGACCACCUUUUGAGUUGGGUUCUUCAACUCGAACUCUGUGGAAUGAUGUUCCUAGUCUACAGCCCAGCUCUGAUCCUGUUCUGCAAGCUAAGAAUGCUAGACAAGUCCCUCCAAACCUCUUUGUUUAG